GUCAACCAGACCACAAAUUCUCCACAGAACAUGAGUUCCCAUCCAGCUGUUAGAUUUAAUGACCCCCCAGUGACUGACUGUAAUGCUAUGGAUGUGGAUGACUCAUCUAUGGGCCGGGUAUCACCAGAUGACUUAGAUGGCUUAUACCUCGGGCCGGAAGAUGACUUAGAACAUGUUUCCAUGUCAUCAGGACCCCCGGGUGCAAUGGCUGACAUUCCCGAUCAAUCAGAUCCAGGCCAGGCCGAUGAUGCCGGCUAUCUCGUCGAUCCAGACUUGUACCUCAGGCCUGAGGAUGAUGUCAUUGAUGUUGAUGAGCUGCCGGAUUCUGCUUAUCCUCCCAGUGUUUCCCCGGCUGCCUCAGAUGUAUCUAGUUCAUCCGAAACAUCAUCUACCGAACUUCCUGCAGACAAGCCGGAGCUCGAUAUUGAAGACCUAUGUUUGAUGGUCCGGGAGUUCCAUCCUUUCGGACAAUACCAACAUGAAAAAUACCAAUCCAUUAAAGAUCGACUGGGUGAUUACAAACGCCGUACUGGAGGUCUUCCUGACCCUUCCAUCCAACUACUCCUUGAGGCCGAGCGACCAUUCCGAACUGCCUGGGCAGAGACUUCCGACAAACUGAAAAAAGCUGAUGCAGACCUACAAAGGUUGCAGAGAGUUGAGCAGAUGAGCAUUGAAAUGCUCAAGGUAGUUGAUUCUCUGAUUGCACUCUUUGAAGAAGACAAACCAAAGUAA